UACAGCUUAUUUUAAGUACCACAUCGUUUUAAAACAAAGGCUCUUUCUCUAAAGCAUAUAUAAUAAUGGUAAUGGCCCAGUUAUCAAAGAAGUUUACCAGUUCCUUGGAAGGAAAGGAAGAAUAGAAUUUGUGAAAAUGAAAUCCUCAGAGACUUCGACGAAACCCAUCAACAGUCAUGGCGCUGGGAGCAGUGGAAAGCCACAUUUCAGACCAGCCAAGGACGACACCAAGCCUGUUCUCCAAGACCCGAUACUGAGGUCAGAUCCGAUUGAAACAGAGGAAGCAGUGUUGCUGUUGCCACCCUUCCCUUUCAUCAAAGUAAAAAAUCCCCAGCUAUAAAAUGGGUUAAGAAGCCACUGAAAUUCUUCUUAUUUAUUUACUUAUAUGUUUAGGGUUUAUUUGCCUAAUUUGGGCAAACGAUUGUAGCUAGCUAUGCGGUAAUGUUUCCCUUUCAUUUUCGCGAGAGGAUUAUCUAUGUUUUGCUUAGCUAAUGGUUGCUUUGGACUGUAUAAAUAUUCAAUUAUUUAUAAUAAAAAUAUUUGAGAAUAUUGAAAUUUGAAA